AUUAUAUAUAGCGCACUUGGUCGUUCUUAUGUGCGCCUCUCUCGCCGCUGGAACCGGAAGUUCUGUACAGGCUGGUCAAGAUGAAUCCAGAAGUAGGUCGUCGCAAGGACAGAGGAUGAAUGCGAACUCUGCUGGCACCGGGAAGUUUCUCCUCACAUGAUCCCGCCACAGGAGUUUACUACCAUGCCCAGCAUUUGCCACUCUAUUUGCGAAGGUCUUACUACUAUUGUUCAUAGAACGAGCGGACAAAGAAUGUAGUCUUCAUUCGCGCGAACGACCGGGUCGUGUUGCGGUAUUGACGCGUUUUUGAGAAGGCGUUCAGGGCGGGAAGCAAUCCCCGUGGAGGAGGAGGACGAGUGUAUAUGUUCCGGUGAACAUCACGAUCACGUUCACGACUCGAAGAUCAACGUCGACAGCCACGACCUCGUGUGCAGUACUCUCAGGACAACUCACAUCAUGUCCUCCCGCGAACCGCGUCCGAGCGGGUUCCGCGGCAGCAUUGCGGGCGAAGAGGAGGCGCAGAAGUGGUACGAGGGCGAGAAUGACUUUUACGACGAGCGGGAGUCGGCGGGAGAGCUGUACUAUCACACAGAAAAAAGCAGGCAGGUCAUACUUACUUGUAAUGCAAAAAUAGAUACGCAAGCAUAUCCGAAAUAGCAUGCUAUGGAGCCACCCAUGACAAAUUUUUCUGUGUAUUUACCCCCGGUGCCAGCUUUCUUCUCUGGGAUAUGUGCCGCAACUUGAUGAAGACCUUGCUCACCCCGGACACGGCGCUGGACCCCGGUGCCGCGGACAUCAUGGACCAGCCCGGGGCGCUAUCAAAUGCUGAAAUAUGUCUGGGUCUGGAAGAAUGCAAAGUUUGCCUAUCCAGGUUCUUUGGCACGUCGACCCAGAAGAUAAAUAUGCGGGCGGUACUAGCAUCACAAGUUUUGAGAGCAAGGGUCUUCAUUGCCUACCUUGCAUGAGAAAUACCGUCUUCGCUUGGUCAAACGCAGGUUGAUUUGUUUGCCGCUUAGUCAGUACAGAUUUUUGUGUCCUCGUCUCGGAAUCGUCGCACCACAAACUCGGAGGUCGUGUCUUCCAGACCCAGAGAUAUUUGCAGUGCAUAGGCGCUGGCGCUUGGCGCCAUCGUAUCCAAGAAAAAAUCACCAUCACAAUCACAUUUAGGAGGCUUUGCGUCAGAAAUUUGUCUUGCAUUACAAAUUUUUCUUGUAUUGCAAAAACACAAAGGGAAAUCGCCUAUAAAUCUUGAUUGUGAUGCAUUUUUGCGCAUGACAAAAAUCUUUGUAUUGCAAAAAUGUGCAAAAGUGAAGAUUGUGAUGGUGUUUUUUUCUUGAAUACAUCGACCAGAAGAUGUACCGCGACGACGGCACCUUCGUGUCGCCCGGCGAGUUCCUACGAGACUGCACAACUCUUCGUCCCGUUCAUUUGUGAUGCAAAAUGCGAAGUCCUGCGUAGAGGUAGACUUUUUUGCCGCGUUUGCAUGACAAGUUCCGGAUGCGGCUCAAAGAAACCACACGUACAAUUGUCCGGGCGUGGGUCUAUCAUGUGGAAGCUGCAUGACCCGUCAGGCGAGGCUAAUUAUAAAUUGUGCAAAGGACGAGGGCGAGAAAAGGGUUGUGCGCUUGCAUAGUUCCCGGCGCACUCGGUAUCGUGGUGGGUGGGCGGCUAUCAAAUGCAAAUAUGUCUGGGUCUGGAAGGAUGCAAGGUUUGUCAUGCACAGUUUGCGUGACUCCUGACGUCUGUGAUGCAUGCCGUAGCAUCACAGAUUUUGUGAGGGUGGUUUCCUUAUGCCUAUACCGCAUGAAAAAUGCCCUCUCGCCGUGUAGCAACAAACUGGGCCUCUUUUGCUGUUCACGCAAUACAGAUUUUUGUAGUAUCCAAAUGCAGCAUCACAAGUUGCAACCUUCCAGACCCAGACAUAUUUGCAAUGCAUAGGGGCGAGCCCGAGGACCUGAUGUCGGUGAUGGAGGGCGGCGUGAGCGCUGAGGAGCUGGACGCCAUCACGAAGGGGCCGGCUGGGUGGCUGCGGCUUUCCCGCUGGAACUAUUACAAUGAAAAAUGCCCCCACCCCACACUUGGCAGCAUUUGUAUUGCAAACCUUUCCAAUAGAAACAUUUCCCGUCUUGCAUAUCUCAGCAUCACAAAUUUUCCCUGCUGAAUAGCUCGAAGUUGUGUUGCGAAGGGGCCCAACAGCAGCCGGAUCUGUUAUGCGCAAGGCACCUUGCGCACCUAGAUUCUGCAUCAGAAGGGCUCGCAAUCCUUUCAGGCAAGACAAAAAGCUUUCAUUUGGAAACUUUGCAUGACAAACUUCUGCAAAUUCCGGGGUGGGGGCGUUUUUCAUUGUAAUAGGAACGGCGAGGUUAACGGGGAGGGCGUAUUGUGAGGAAAAAGUCCCCCUCCCUAUACCAAAGCGGGAUACUUUGAAAAAUUUGUGAUGCUGAUUUGAGACCACAAAGCGCCUCUGUAUUCGUAAGGAGGCAAAUCCAAAAACCCCGCCGCGCUCUGCGGGCAAUUUGUGAUGCUGUAUGGCCUACGGAGGAUGUGUCUGCCUUGCUAGGCGCCUACACCGAAACGCCCCUGCUCCGUCUUUGUAUCUGUCUGCAGUCCUCUACUGCAAGACAAAUCCGAUGUGUGCACACCAAUCCUGCAUCACAGAUUUCCAUUUCGAUAUGGGGAGCGGCGAUUUUUUUUCCUUUUGAUAGGGCGCGUUCCUGCCGAUGGAGGUCCUCCCGGCGCUGGGCCAGAACAUGAACACGCUUACCGCUUUCUACGCGGCGCAGCUACACUAUCCCAUAGAAAAAGACAGGCAGGGCAUACUUGUAAUGCAAAAAUAAACUAACAGAGCAGUCUGUCAUGCGGGGGCCCGUCGCGUGCUGUUUAGGAUAUGCCGUGCAGAGCUUUUUGUGUGUUUAUUUGCGCAUUACAAAGUUGGUUUGCCUGUCUUUUUCUAAGGGAUACGCAGCAGCAGCAGGACCAGUUCGGCGGGCCGAACCAGGCCAGCGUUCCGGCCGCUACCCAGGCCUUCGCGGCCCAGGCAAAGGUAUGCAUUGCAAAUAUGUCUGGGUCUGGAAGGUGGUAACUUGUCAUGGUAAAUCUGAAGCAUACAAAAAUCUGUGUUGCAUGAGUGCCAAAAGCUGUCCACUUUCGAGCAAGUUGGGAGGGAGUUUCUCAUGCAGGAUACGCAUGGCAGAAACUUUGCAGACUCUGUCAUGCUAAGUCCCGCAUUCCAGACCUCAUGGGUCAUGGAAAAUCUGCAUGACAAGUUUACACCCUUCCAGAUCCAGACACUUUUGCACUUGACAAAAGGGCGCCCUGAUCGCCCCGCCGAAGGUGCCGGACCGGGAAAAGGUCUCGGCCUUGUAUAUCCUUAGCAAAAACGUCCCCACCCCAUAGUCAAGUUGGUAAAUCUGCAACACAAGUCGCCAAGCUUUGGGAGUUGUGCAUGACAAGUGUCCGUCUGUAGUAUAGUGGUGCUUAGCAAGGAGAGCCGCAUAAGAAAGCCAGUUUCUCAUCCUGUUUACAGCAUUACAAAUGCCAAAUCACGAUUGGAAAUGCCUCUCAUGGGGAUGCGCGUUACAAGUGUUCCUGUCAUUGCGCAUUUGCAUUACAACUCUGGGGUGGGGACGUUUUUACUUAGGAUAUUGUACCUGAAUCUCGGGAAGGUGUUUCAGGGCAACAUUACCAACGGCUACUUCAUCGACGCCUUGAACGCGCUGAGCACCCGACCCCACCUGGUGUACGACGUUUUUAUGCAGGACGGGCAGCAGGGGCUGCUAUCGUGUGUCGCGAAGGGCUUUUACCAGUUUCGCCUCUACAAGCACGCCAACUGGGUGUCCGUCAUCGUCGACGACUACCUGCCCCAGCACGAAUCGGGCUUUAUCCCACUCGGCUGCCGCAGCGAGCACUUUCCCCAGUUCGCCUGGAUAUGACAGUUCACAACUCCCCUCUCGUCCACCUCAUUUGUACUAUGGCAAGAGCAGCAACACAAGCAACGACAGCUAUGUGGCUACUUCCGCACGGCAAAAAAUCUGCAAACGGAUAAUUGUACGUGCUGUUUGAGGUUUCAAAAUUUGGCAUGCAGAUACUGGUGCCCAAGUGCAGGAUCUAGUUCUAGUGUACUUGGUAUUCUGCAUUAAUACACAUGAGUAUGAGGGAGAGCAGCAGGGGGAGUCGUGCACUCCCAUAGUGGAGCUCCUUGAUAGAGAAGGCGUACGCGAAACUCCACAACUCCUUCUUAGCGAUGGGCAAGGGCGGGAACAUCGAGGAGGCGCUGGAGGAUUUGACGGGGGGUCUCGGGUCCCGCUUCUACGUGCACGACGUGGCCGCCGACCGCCUGUUCGCGUACCUGGAGUUUUCCUUGCGCCAGUGCUAUUCUGUGUAAAAACGUCCCCACCCCAUAGUCAAGUUGGAAAAUCUGCAACGCAAAUCUUCAAGUUUUGGGAGUUUUGCAUGACAAGUUUCCAUCUGUAGUGUACGGCUGUUUAGCAAGGGCAGCAGCAUGAGAAAGCCAGCCUCAUAUCCUGUUUACAGCAUGACAAAGUCCAAAACACAAUUGGAAAUGCCUUUCAUGGAGAUGCGCAUUACAAAUGUUCCUGUCAACAUUGCGCAUUUGCAUAACAACUCUGGGGCGGGGACGUUUUUACUUAGGAUAGGCGCCUCUUUGUCGCCAAGCUAGACCAGGAGAAGGCGGGCAGUUUGCGUCUCAAGCUGGACCCAGAGUGGGCGUAUGUCGUGGUGGACACGCUCAAGAUCUCGUCGUCGAUAUCCUACGUAAAAACGUCCCCACACCAUAGUCAAGAUGGGAAAUCUGCAACACAAAUCUCCAAGUUUUGGGAGUUCUGUAUGACAAGUUUCCAUCUGCAGUGUAGUGCUGGUUAGCAAGGAAGGCCGCAGGACAAAGCCAUUUGCUCAUCCUGUUUACAGAAUUACAAAUUCCAAAACACGACUGGAAAUGCCUCUCAAGGAGAUGCGCAUUACAAGUGUUCCUGUCAUUGCGCAUUUGCAUGACAACUCUGGGGAGGUGGGGACGUUUUUACACAGGAUAGACGAAGCAGGCGGCGGCCGGCGUCGUCGGAAGAACCACCGCCCGACCCCCGAUGCGGUCGAAGCCCACGGAUUUUCUCGUGUGCCUCUUUGUCAACUGCCCCUUCAACGAGGUGCUGCACGAAAUCACCGCGUUGCCCGACCAUCCCAGAUACGGAUUGCAAAAGUAUCGCGCUGGUAUAGAUUGCAAUACGAAUUGGCUCAGCAUUAAAGAGUAAAAUUUGUAAGAGCGGGGUAACAAAAUAAAAAAAGAGGUCCUCGGGGGACCUCUUGUCCCUCCGGCCGGACAGACAAGAGGUCCCCCCCUUCUGUUGCCAGAGCAGCCGGCUCGUAGAGUUCCCUCCCUCCCGGGUCGCCGCGCCGGCCAUUUCGGGUCGAACGGUGGGGACCUCUUGUCCUGUAUAGCAAAUACAUAGCCAAUUUCUCUGCGCAACGGGGGGGGCAAGAGGUCCCUGCCCCGAUUCGCCCGAAAUAUCCGACGCGGCGACACGGGGGGGAACUCCGCGUGCCGGACGCUCCGGCAGCAAAACGGGGGGACCUCUUGUCCGCCCGGCCGGGGGGACAAGAGGUCCCCCGAGGACCUCUUUUUUUAUUUUGUUACCCCGCUCUAAAUGCGCUUUUGCCUGCUCAACCUUAAGAAGGAGAUUUGCAUUUGUAUUGCAUAAAUGCAAUACGAGUGCGAGACUUUUGCAGAGGAUACCACAUACCAGGCGAAGGAUGGGUACCUGUGGAUGGAGUAUUGUGAGCAAAAACGUCUCCACCCCAGAGUUGUCAUGCGGAUUUGCAGUGGCAGGAAGAUUUGUAAUGCGCAUGUCGCGCAUCAGAGGCAUCGCGUUUUGGAAUUUGUAAUGCUGCAACCAGGAUAAGUAGAUGACUUUGUGGCGCUGGCUGUCAUUGCUAAACUGCACUAGUACAGUACGGACUGCAAAAACUCGUCAUGCGUGCUGACUCCUACAGCUUUUGUACUCGUGUUGCGAGAUCCCCAUCUUGACAGACUCUGGGGAGGUGGGGACGUUUUUACAAAUGAUAUGGAGAUUUUGGUGUUCCACCAGGUGUUUAGGUCCAUUCACGAAUGUAGACUGGUAAACACCUCCGACCUGGAGAUAUCGUAAGGAAAAACGACACCACCCCCAGAGCCGAGAUGGGAAAUCUGCUAGACAAAUCAACCCGCUGUGGUUGUUUGGCAUGACAAGUUUGUCCUCGUAGUGUAAUCCUGUUUUAGCUAGGUCAGCAGCAUCACAGAUCUAUCGUAGCAUGCUGGUCCUACCAUUACAAAUUCCAAAACACGACUAGAAAACGCUUUUCAUAGGGCCCCGCGUGAGAAACUUUUUUGGCGUGCAGAAUUGCAUGAGAGCUCUGGGGUGGGGACGUUUUUACACAGGAUAGGAGGUAUCCUGCGGAAAAACGACCCCGCCCCAGAGUCGAGAUAGGAUGAAUUUCGCAACACAAUCGUAUCGAGGAGUUUUCGGACAGCGUUCAGGCUGGUGCGGAGGCCGCAUCGCUGAUCGAUGAUCUUGUCCUGAUUUUUCCAGCACGACAGAGAGCCCUCAGAUAGCAUCAGAAAACGCUACUCGUGGUGGGAUUGCGCUUGAUGAACGUUUUAGUGAUUAGGCUUGCAGGUAAUUUGCAUGACAACUCUUGGCUGGCGGGGACGUUUUCUUGACACAGGAUAGAAGAGCACCUGGAUCCCCGCUUGGAAGGCGUUAGGCUCUGACCUGGUACUUACUCAGUGCGUUUAUUGUUCCACUUGAAUUCUGGUCCGGCCGCUACUCUACCUUCGUACUAAAACUAAUGCGGAGAGCGGAGAGCAAGGUAAAAGUUAUUUUUUCGCAUUUGCUUUCAAUAAUUUUUAUUUUAAUUUUCCGGUAAAAUUAUUUUUUGCAAGGCGCCGACCCUCGUUCCAAGAACGUACGGGGCCUCCCCGCCGCCCAGGCAGCUGGAAGAACAGAUUUGGUGUUUCCCGAGCUUCGUCACGAGCGAGAACUGGCCGGUGUUCAAGAUCGAGGUCACUAAGCCCCGGCAGGAGUGCGAGAUCUUCAUCGGGGUGGGCCAGAGCGAUAAGCGUAUCAAAAUGAAAAAUCCCCCCAUCCCAUACUCAAACUUGAAAUAUGUGAUGCGGAUUUGUGGCCACAAAUCAGCCUUGUCAUGCUAGAAGGGAAAAGAUGCGGACUGUAGUGCUGGUUGGCGUGGGAAAGCCUUGCAUCUUCAGCAUGACACGGGGCAGCUGGAAGGGGGAAACAGCAUGACAAGUUGCCUGCAAAUGAGGCCACAGCUGCGUCUCUUGGCCUUCUAGCAUUACAAGUCGAUUUGUGUACUCAAAUACAGCAUCACAAAUUUCGUUUUGGAUAUGGGGAGGGGGGAUUUUUCAUUCUGAUAAAUCGGCUAGGCGGCUACCUGAGCAGCGAGGACUAUCAAAUGCAAAAAUGUCUGGGUCUGGAAGAAUUGGAACUUGUCAUGCGAUUUCUGGAAUAGGCAAAAUUUGUAUUGCAUAAGCACCUCCAAAAGCUUCUCAUGUUUUGCUACGCAAAUAGGGAAUUUCUCAUGGGGGAUAGACAUCAGGAGGCCUGCGCAAAACCUGUAAUGCUUUUGUGUGCAUUAGAGACCAGUUGCGUGAUCCAGAAGAUGCAUGACAAACUCCUUGAAUCUUCCAGACCCAGACAUAGUUGCAUUUGAUAAGGACUGCCACUCCCCGAUUUUUCUGAAGCUGUAUGAGGAGAUGUAUUGUGUGGAAAAACGUCCGCACACUCGAGUCAAAAUGAGAAAUCUGCUAUAGACAAAUCAACGAGUUUUGGCUGUGGCGCGUGACAGAUUUGGGCUCAUAGUGUUGUCCUGUUCAGAAGCUAGCGCGUAUAGCAUUGCAGAUAGAGCGUCUUAUGCUACUUCGAGCAUUACAAACACGACGAGAAAGCGCUUUUCAUCGGGCUCCGCAUGAGAAACAUUUUAAGCAUGCCGAUUCGCAUGACAACUAUGGGGUGAGGACGUUUUGCCUUAGGAUAAGAUGGGGCUGAACCUGCACUCCGCCUCGUCCGCCAACGGAAGCAGUGUGGACGUGUCCCUGGUCACGGUGUCAAACUGGGGGCACACCUAUGAACUGCAAAAGUUAAAGUAUCGUACUCGCAUAAAUGCAUUACAAAUUUCCUCAGCUUGAGAAAUAAUUUGUAAUCCUGAUUUGACUUGCAUUUAUACGAAUGCGAUACUUUUGCACAGGAUAACACCCGGGACGCGGCGCUAGCGGUGAAGGUGAAACCCGACGAGACCACGUAUCAAAUGGAAAAAUGUCUGGGUCUGGAUGAGCCAAACUUGUGAUGCUGCAUUUGGAUGCUAAAAAGAUCUGUAUUGCAUGAGCAGCAAGAGGAGUCAAAUUUGGCUACGCGUAGAGGGCAUUUGUCUUGCAGGAUGUGCAUCGAUAGGCUCUCAAAAAAUCUGUGAUGCUAUGGCAUACGUCACAGACAUCAUGGAGCAUGGAAAAUGUGCAUGACAAACUUCUCCUCUUCCAGACCCAGACACUUUUACAUUUGAUACCACGCCCGACACAACCAUUUUGUACCUCUCCGCUGCAGUCUGCGGCGACACGCCCGCCUUUCGACUCGUGGCAAGGUAUAGUUGUCAUUUAGCGAAUGUUUCGAGGACGAUGUCUAUCAGAAUUUUCUACCUCAGCACACCGUAAAAAAAAAGUUGUUUCGUUGUUACCGCAGCUGCAGCAAGCCUCCGCCGUAACAGGAGCUGUGUGAUAUUCGUUUCACUUUUUGGCCAUGUCUACUAAAUUUCUUGCGAGUACUAGGGCCUUGCUAAACCUGAUACGAAUGGCGCGUGGAACUCCCAACGAACACGAACGAGGUGAAGCUGUAGCCAAAAAACUUCUGAAAUCACAAAGGUUUUACUCCAUCGGGUCGCCGCUGUUGAUCGAAGAAGUUUCUCUAUCGUACUGAAAAUAACUGCAAGCAGCUAGCAAAGUUUUAUUGACAUAGAACAAGAUCCAGAAACAAGACGAAAUGCUGCGGACGUCGGGCAUGGGCUAAGGAAGUAGUUCCGCACGCCGCAAUAUUUAGUUGUUUUUGGUUGCAUUCAAUGCGCUUCGCUUACGGCGCUUGGUAGGCACUACUACGGUAGAAACUCUGGUAGUACUUACCAACUAAGCAUUUGCAGUGACAUAUGGAUUGCAAAAAUGUCUGGGUCUGGAAACUUGUAAUGCUAAAAGUGCAUGAUAGACGCACUGCAAUACGCAGCUAUGCAUGAGAAAUUAUUCGGCUGCCAUGUCUUACGUAUUCCGCAUGGCAAACUGCGUUUUUGCAUGACAGGUAAGAGGACUCUUGCGUGCCUAUGCAACACAGAUUCUCCAGUCAUGCCAGACAAGCAUGACAGACUUGCAUUCUUCCAGACCCAGACAUUUUUACAUUUGAUAUGACAUGGGUGAAGGUUUUCCGUACGAUGGUCUGGCCGGGUAAAGUAUCAAAUGCAAAUAUCGAUCUGGGUCUGGAAAGAUGGUCCGAAAUUGUGCUGCAGAGCCCUGCAUGCGAGCGGGGGCCGGGUGUACAGACUGAUGAACGUCGCAUGACAACGAAAAUUUGCAAGCCUCGAUUUUGCAGAUUCGUUCAUGAAAACUCGCAUGACGAGGAACUGCCUUCUAGCACGCCAAAAAGACUCGCCAAUCCGCCUCUUGCAUAUACAGAUUUUUUUGGUCAGCAGGGAGGCUUCGCAUCGCAAAUUAAUCCAGAGCCAGACAUAUUUGCAAUGCAUACGAAGCAGAAACUUCCGCAGUUGGUCGAAAUCGUUGCCGACCGACGAUUGGCCACGAUUCCCUACUCGUUUAUCCUCCUGAGUAAAAAUAACGUCCCCAACUACUCAUAGACAAGAUGGCAAUUCCACGUACACAAGUCAAGAAGUGUUGGCUGUUGCGCAUGAGAAGUUCUCUGGGCUCGCACUGUGUGCGUUAUUAAUCGUGUUUAGCUAGUUGUGCGGGCGCAUGAGUAGAAAUCGAGGAGCUCAGCCACCUGAUUGUAGCAUUAGAAAGAACUCCACCCAGAAACAAGCAUUAGGAGAAACCGCCUCGCAUGUUGUGGCUGCGCGUGAGAAACUUUUUUUUUUGGGCGUGCAGAUUUGCGUGACAAAUAGAGGUGGAUGGGGACAUUUUUACACAGGAUAUGACUCGCGGGCUGGUCUUCGAAUAUUGAACCGCGACGGUACGAUACCGCGAGAAAAAGCUGUUUGCCUGUAAACUGUAGCUUGUGAUGCAGAAAGUGCAACAACUACGCAGAAGUGUUUAUUUCCGUGUCACACAUCAUGCGAGACAUUGUUGGGUUUGGGUUUCUAGCUGUGUAGUCGGUAGUACCUUAAUACAAAGUACGCAUGGCGGAUCUCCUUUGUCAUGCUGAAGAAACAUAUUUGUGAUGCAAACCCUUGCGUCGAAAGUGUGCUUACCUUGCAGUGAAACAGUUUUUUCGCACGAUAUACGAUCCUCUCGAGGGAUAUGGGAGUGUCAGGAUCGAAAUCGACAAAGUUGAAAUCAUUUGUAAUGCAUAAAAUCGAUACCAGUUAGAAGCCCAAUUUCCAAGCGGCGCAUGACAAAUUUCGGGACCGUCUAAAUCCAGUUUGUCAUGCUGUUUAGAGACAGAAGGCGUCUUUUGUCGUGCUACUUUAGCAGCUCUCUCGCAGACCCCAAACAGGCUGACAGGCGGCCUCACUUGCCAUCCCUGCAAGAGAGGCACUGCAUGCCUUGCAAUUCCUGCAUGAGAAAUUAUUUCAACUUUGACGAUUUCAAUCCUGACGCUUCCAUAAGGGAACCGGGAGGGAGUACCGCGACCCGCCCUACCAGGUGGAGAUGUGGUAUCAAAUGCAAAAAUGUCUGGGUCCGGAUGGUUGGAACUUGUAAUGCUGGUCUUGCAUUCCUGUGAAAUCUGUAUUGCAUGACCAACAAAAGUGGCAGCCUCUCACGUCAUGAUACAAAAACGCAGUUUCUCAUGCGGAGUUCGUAUGAUAAAGCGUUGCGCAGACUUGUCAUGCUUUCCUGCGUGAGGAAGUGUUUUCAUCCUGCACAUUUUAGCAUCACAAAUUUCCAGACCCAGACAUUUUUGCACUUGAUAUAAUGGAGGACGCGGCAAUUUUGCGGCGAAAACCUCGGAAGCAUGCGCAGUUCGUAUUACAGUGAAAAGUGCCCCCCAUCCCUAAAUUGCAAAAAUUUGUGAUGCGAAGUUUCCAAAUGAAAACUUUUUGUCAUGCAGGAAAGGAGUAUGAAUCUUUCUGAUGCAGAGUGUAGGCGUGUAUCGCAUAGCUUGCAUGGCAAGUGCCGCUCUUGCUGGGGUCUUUUGCAAUGCAAAUUUUUGCUAUUCACGAUUGAAAACCUGUGAUGCUGAUAGAUGCAAGAGGGCGAGUGUUUCAUUUGGAAAGGUUUGCAAUACAAAUGCUCCCAAGUUCGGGGGUGGGGGCAUUUUGCAUUGUAAUAGUUCGUUGCGGGACAGGGAGCUGCCGGGGGCGGGAAUGCCGGCGGGCGAAGCUUCAUGCAGGUGGUUUGAUAGAGGCAAAAACCAAGCAAUGUCCUUUCGGAGCACAAAGAAAAAUCAGCAUCAAUUUUAUGGCUGGCUCGACGUCUGGCGGGUCAGUGACUAUUGUUGUUGAGAAGUCGAGAGGAAGAUGAAAAAGCAACGAUUUCGCGACACGGAUUUGUUUCAAAAGUGAGAACGACCACAACUUGCGAGCAAUUUUCCGCAUCUUGAGAUGACGCAUUUCCUGAUCUUUUCAUAUCGGGGUGCUUUUUUUAUUGAUCUGUGACUGUGUUUGAACUGGAGUUUCGUGCAUGAACAACACCAUGCCUCCGGUCUGCGCUCAU